AUGUCACUGGAGCCACCCACCUACCUCAGCUCUCUCCAGAAUAACAUUCGAGCUCGCCCAAUUCCGUGGGAGGGUGCCGUCCGAGCGGGCAACAUCACCGAUGACCACUUGAAGAAGAUCAAGGCGGUGGAUAAGGUGCGCAAAGACCAACGCCGCCAGACGAUAGAAGGAGAUCUUUCUGGAUACACAGAGCUGUUGGCCGGUGGCGCACAGGGAAAGAGUGUCUUGGACUCUGCCUCUAGAAGGACUGAUAUUGUGCAGUAUAUACUGGUCCUAGCCUCGGACUUGAUUCAAGAUGUGCCUUCUCUGGCCAGCUCGCUUGUUUCUCACCCAGAACCGUACAAGCCCUUCCUACCGUUCCUGCAGCACUCGACAAACGCUGAAGAUCCCAUUCCUCUGCUCACGUCCACCUUCCUCACGGCACUCGUGUCGCAUAGUCUCGUUGCUUCAUCCAAACCUGCACCGCGCGACAACGAGGCUCUCCCACAUCUCUAUACCUAUCUCUCUACCUUAACUAAGAACCAAGACAGUGGGCUCCAGGACAUUGGUGUUCAGGGAUUCUCAGAGCUGCUGAGAACAAGCCGAGCUCGAGAGAUCUUUUGGGCGCAACGUCAAGAGGCCCUGGCCCCCUUGAUCGACACACUUCGAGCUGCGGCAGGUGCUAAAGACAACACAACCAACGCAGGCACACUGGGAAGCAGCACUCGCAGCGUCGAACCUGGUCUCGCCGGUGGUGUUGGCCUCCAGCUUCUAUAUCGGGUACUCCUUGUUUUGUGGCAGCUUUCUUUUGAGGGUGCUCUCGUUGGUAAUGAACUUCAAGAGAACUAUGAGAUUAUCCAACUCUACACCCACCUUCUGCGUCUCUCGCCGAAAGAAAAGACCACUCGCUUGCUUCUUGCAACCUUGUAUAAUCUUUGUUCCAGCAACCGGACCACUCUGCUACCCAUCGCCGUUUUCCUUCGACUCCCCGCCCUCCUCGUCAACUUGACUGGUCGUCACCUGACCGACCCUGAUCUGCUUGAGGAUCUCAACGCGCUCUCUUCCAUGUUAGAAGAGUACACCAAGACACAGACCACCUUUGACGAAUACGCCGCCGAAGUUCAGUCGGGCCAUCUGCGCUGGUCGCCCCCUCACAAGAACCCGACCUUCUGGAAAGAUAACGCUCGACGAAUUGUUGAGGAGUCAAACGGCGCUUUGCCCAAGAAACUGGUCGAGAUUCUGUCUAAGAGUUGGGAUAACGACAAGCAGGUCCUAGCUAUUGCUUGCAACGACGUAGGGCACCUAGUGAAAGAAGUUCCUGAACGCCGUGGGCAGUUAGAGCGACUAGGCCUAAAGACGCGAGUGAUGGAAUUGAUGGUGGAUUCGGAUGAAUCAUUGCAGUGGGGUGGACGGGCGUUCUCGCGAUCCCGGUUUGGUGCUUGUGUCGGCACAGGAGGCAUGCAUAGACUCGAAUAUUCCCCAGGAGAGUUUAUCUAUACCACCAAGAAAGCGGGCCAGCCAGCCAGCACCAGAACCAGAUCAGAUCUCACACUGUCGCAACCCGUCGAUCCCUUCUCGUCCUUGUCGUCUAAUCAAAAGGCACUGUUACACCAUUUUAUCAACGAUGCCUCUCAAAUUACUGCCUGUCAUUCGGGAAUGCAACAGGACAUAUGUCGUAUGCUGAUCCCAAUGGCUCUUCAGACUCCCUCCUUACUCUACGCUACCACCGCCCUAUCCGCAAUCCAUAUCCAAGCCUUACACAACCAGUCGGAGAGUGUAAAAUCAGCACCGGAUAUUGCCCGGCUAAUGGCUCUCAGUCUUGAACAUUUCCGAACAGAGCUGCAGAAUCCUUCAUCAAAGGACCCGGAGGCGCUGGUAGCCACAGCUCGGACGCUCUGUCUGGCUGAGAUCCAUUCUGGGGCGAUCGAUCCGAACUCCUGGAGAGCACAUAUUGACGGGGCGAGAGCAUUGAUGAGUUCAUCUGAUGCCGCUGGUGAUGAUUCGCUACGGUCUACAAGUGGUUUCCGACGGUAUUUGGAUCGUUGGUAUUGGUCGAUCGUGUCGCUUACGGCACUGACAGGCAAUGGUCCACCCAUUGGAGAUAUUUCGGACUUUGCCUCCUCUGAUUUGAUGGGGCUGGGCGAGUCUCCUGAUUAUUUAGAUGACUAUUGGGGUUUUAGUGUAGACCUCGCGGCUGUGUUUAGGCAGAUUGGUGCUGCCGCCUGGCGCAACCAUCAAGUCGAGAAGUCUACUCAGGACUUCGUUGCAGGAGAGAUUGACGGCAGUGUCGAAGAUGAUGCUGCUUCCUUGGAGUUCGCAGUUCGACAGCUCAUGAAUCGUGACUCAAGUUCGCAGCCCUCGUUUUACCCCAGGGCCGCAGAAGGCUUAUCUACGGAGACCGCGCAGCAGCUCUUAUUGUGCAAUGAGGCAUUUCAACACAGUGCGCUUAUUCAGAUCCACCGACGACUUCGGAAAACACCAACUGCGUCGCCGGAAGUGCAGGAGUCGGUCCAGCGUAUCCUAGAGUGCACGGCGCAAAUUGGGCCAUCGUCGGGUCUCUCGCCGUGGGUGAUGUUAACGACACCAAUAUUUAUUGCGGGUUGUGAGGCGCGUGGUGAAGAUCGCGAUAUUGUCAGGCAACUGCUGUCGUCCUUGCAUGACACCAUUCGUGUUCCCAACGUUCUUCAAUCAUUGAAGUUCCUUGAGCAGUAUUGGUCUAACCAACUCAGCGAAGAUGAAGACUGGAACCAGUUUCUCGAACGAAUGCAGUUCGAUUUCAUCCCUUACUAG